CAAAUGCUGAUCGUUUUUGUGUGAUGGCAAUAUGGCGGAUGUAGAGAACGUAGAAACAGGUUCUCAGCAUAAAGAAGACGGAGAAAAAACGAUUGAGGAAGCCCAGAAACAUGAUGAUACAUACACUGCUGCUGAAGUAGCAAUUGCUUUGAGCAAUGAUUCAACAUUAGAUGCGAGAGCACAGCUUGCCAAUUUAAUAUCACUUGUACAUAGUAUUGAAUCGAGUACUGGCGAACCUGAUCACAAGAAAGUCGUAUAUGAAGUUUUUGGAACGGUAUUUGAACAAAAUACUUUUAUCUUGGCUUAUAGGAACGAUAAUUUUGAUUAUAAAUCUCAGAGUUGCGUUUGAAAUGAUUAAAAUUAGGCCACGGUGCAGUAAUCACCCGAAGGUGAAUCAUUAAUCAACAUAGAAUUGUUAAUUGCAACAAUAUUAUUAUUUUGAACUUUUUUUAGCUUGUUGGUGGGAAUUUUGACCUGGAGAUUAAUUUUACGAUCAAGAACUCUCCCAAUCUGUUAAUUCUUCUGGAAUUAUUGCAAUAUUGUGAUGCUUCCUUAUCGGUAAGAAUAUUAAUAUGCAUGACUGAAUAUUGAUCUCAAGUGUCG